GAUGUGCUCUGGAACUCCUCCUAACAUCACAUGGACAUGGAGAGGAACAGGAGACAACAUCACUGAGCUCAGAGACAACAUCACCAUACAGGAGAGAGAGGACCUGACCACUGUGACAACAACCCACUUCUCAACGUUGACCUUUACCCCCUCAGCUGAACACCACAACAUGAUGGUUACGUGUCAAGUAACCUUCCAGAAAAAAUAUCAAAUUGAAGAGACAGUAACUUUGAAUGUGACAUAUGUGAAAGACCCCCAAAUAACUGGAAAUGAAAUGGUGAAGGAGGAUGGUACCCUGGAUCUGACCUGCAGUGUUGACAGUUACCCUCCAUCUGACAUCACUUGGAGUAAGAACGGGACAAGUACCCCACUUCAGAAUUACACUGAAAAUGCCACUCUCACCAUCUCCAAUGUGACAAGACAACAUGCUGGGGACUAUGUGUGUACAGUUCAACACCUCAACAGGACUAUGACUGCUUCCACUGUUGUCACUGUGAUGUACCUUCCUGUGAUUCUUCCUGGCUCUGGGUGUGUGGACCAGGCAGAGGUCAUGACCUGUCUGUGUGUCAGUCAGGGGGUUCCCUCACCCCUCAUAGUGUGGCCACUGCUGGAGCUCAACACAGAGAGGUGCAGCCCCACUACAUCAGUGUUGGGUUCCUCAGUGAACAGCACCAUCAGCCUGCCUGUUGGAAACCACAACAACACCACUGUGGAGUGUGUCAGCAGAAAUGUGGUGGGUGUAGUGAGAGAGAAGCUGCAGGUCACACAAAAUAAGAGCCAAGAAAAGCAAAGAGAGAAGGAAUUGGAAGGCAUUAUAGCUUUGCUGUCGGACCUAAAACUGAUUACUGCAUUUGUGGUUGGUGCAGCCCUCUCAGCCACCAUCUGUUGUAUCUUCCUGUGUUUGAAAGGGAAAUGUGAAAGGUACAUUCUAUUCCUGAUGAUCUAUUACUGACUCCUACUGAUGUCACUAUAUAGCUGGCUGGCUACACACACACACACGUACAGUGUGCAGGUUAUUUACAGUAGGAGAUGGGCUUCUAUCAUCUAUCUUCUAUCAUUCUAUAAGGAGCUUCAAUCUACCAGGUAGCUUGCUAGUCAGCUAGCAAAUGUAAAACGGAUUGCAGUGACAAGGGUUGACAGCUGUAUGAGUUCACCAUUUACACAACAUAACUUUUUGUAAUUUUAACAUAGUUUAUGUUUUAGUUUUAUAUUGGCUGGCUUCUCACAAUAGCUGAAUUUGCAGAGCUAGCGAGCACCAAUUCCGUUUAUGUGGUGUUUGCUAUAAUCUUUGCUCACGUCAGUUUACUCCAAGGUUGGCACACAGGUGCUUCGUAGUCCCCAACGACAUUUUAGCUUUUACAACGAGACCAUUAAAGAUAUUUAAGACAAUGGUAGAAGAGAGUGUAGUUCUGUUCAGUUUGGAGUUCAGUUUAUCGCUAACCUUAUCACAGGGCCUUGAAGCACUACAGCUGCAUGCUGAUCUUGGAAUAAAUGCAUAAAUGCAAUAGGUGCUAGCUCAACAUAAAGAGUGACCUGUACUUUAAUGCAGCGAAAAGGAAGACUGGUGACGGUUAUGCAUGUGUUUUCUUGUAUUGAGUGGUAGUAAAGAAAUGUCUAACAUAUCCUUUGUUUGACCUACUUACUGGAGGUCAGCCACCAAUGACAGACCUGCAUCAUGUGCCACUGCUGGGUGGUCGCAAUUUUUUAAAACUUAAAAACGCACAAUUAAUUGUCUAUAAUCAGCACACGUGCUUUCAUUGCAUAUUAUUAAUAUUAUUGAAAUUACAUAGUUAUGUUUACAGUGAAAUAUUGGGAGGGAAAAAUAUUUCCCAGGGUGGGGGUGUUCCCCGUCCCCCUGGGAUUUCCGCCUAUGGUGUGGUUAUUGCAAUAGGUCUAAGACUGCUCUAAUGACACUCUU